AUGAAUUGCCACCGACCGCUUUGGCGCGCAGCCCUUCGAACGUUACCGACAACUACGACGACGACGACAAAGACGAGAACCACAAAUCAAUUCACCCGACACUUCUCCCAAUUCCCGACCGGCCCGAUACAACCUCCUCGAGGAGCUGUUCCUUUACCAUAUAUAACAGAAGUCACUUCCGGUGGCUGGAGAACAUAUGAUAUCUUCUCUAAGCUCCUACAAGAACGAAUAAUAUGUUUGAACGGACCCAUAGACGACACAGUAUCGGCCUCGAUCGUCGCGCAAUUGCUUUGGCUCGAAUCUGAUAACCCUGAUAAACCAAUCACCAUGUACAUAGACUCGCCCGGGGGCUCCGUGACAGCCGGUCUUUCCAUCUACGACACGAUGGCUUAUAUUCGCUCGCCGGUAUCUACCGUGUGUCUAGGACAGGCAGCUUCCAUGGGUUCGCUAUUACUUACGGGGGGUGAGAAAGGGAAACGAUUUGCCUUGCCGCACAGUAGUAUCAUGAUUCACCAACCCCUGGGAGGAACACAGGGUCCCGCAAGCGACAUUCUGAUUUAUGCGAAUCAGAUACAGCGGACGCGCGAGCAAGUCAACGAAAUCUAUCGAAAGCAUCUAAAUGCGGCAUUUGGACAAGAGAAGUAUAAUCUGAAAGACGUCGAAGAGAUGAUGGAACGCGAUAAAUAUUUGUCGGCUCAGGAGGCGAAAGAGAUAGGUAUUGUCGACGAGAUCCUUACCAAGAGGGACGACAAGAAGCCAGAGGAAAAAGAGGCCAACAAGAGCAGCAAUAACACAUAA